AUGGAUCUAGAAUGUGACGGUCACGAUUGUGAACAAACCUGCGAGGCUAAAAAAUGUAAUCUGAAUUGCACCGGGAAAAACUGUAAAAGACAGAAGUGUCUAGAUCAAGGAAAUGUAUGCGAAAUGGAUCUAGAAUGUGACGGUGAGGAUUGUGAACAAACUUGCGAGGCUAAAAAAUGUAAUCUGAAUUGCACCGGGAAAAACUGUAGAAUACAGCAGUGUCGAGAUCAUGGAAAUGUAUGCGAAAUGGAUCUAGAAUGUGACGGUAAGGAUUGUGAACAAACUUGCGAGGCUAAAAAAUGUAAUCUGAACUGUACCGGGAAAAACUGUAAAACUCAAAAGUGCCGAGGUAAAGGAGAUGUAUGUGAAAUGCAUCUAGAAUGUAACAGCCAGGAUUGUGAACAAAUCUGCGAUGCCAAAGUAUGUAACCUGACCUGCAGCGGGAGAAAAUGUAAAACACAAAGUUGCACAGAUGAAGUACAGGUGUGCAAUACGCAUUUUAACGCUAACGAUUGUACACAGAUGUGUGACGGUCACUCCAUCACUUCAGAUUCAUACACGUCGAAUAUCGUUACAUCUAUUGGGGCUUCAACAAUUCGAGUAUUCGCAACUAAAAUUUCAACAGGACAUGGAACAGAAGCUUACACUCGAUUGCAAUCAAUGUCGCAGUCACCUUUAGCAUUAAUCUCACCGUUACCAUCACCUUCAUCACACCCACCAUCAGCAGCAAUAUUACCAGCAUGGACAUCAACAUCGACAUCAGCACUAUUGCCAUCAUCAUCAAAGCCAGUAGCAACAUCAGCAUCAGCAUUAGCACCAGGAUUAUUAUCAGCAGCAUCAUUGGAAGCAAUAUCAACAGCAGGGGCAUCAGAAUCUUCAUCAGCACUGUCACCAUCAUCAUCAAAGCCAAAAGCAACAUCACGAUUAUCAUCAGCAACAUCGUCGGAGGCAGCAUCAGUAGCAGCAUCAGCAUCAUCACCAUUAUUACCAUCGUCAUUUGAAACAUCGGCAGCAGGAUCAUCGUCGUCUCCGUCUCUACGGACACCUCUGUCAUCGACAUUAGAAAUUAUUAAGAGUCUGGCAAACGAUUCUGUUUCCAAACUAAAAGGAGAAGAAAUCAGUAGAAUCAGGCCUUUGAAGGAGGCUGUAUGGAUUUUUGAAGACUUCAUCACCAGGCUCCAAAUCCUCCAAAAACCUCUUGCCGAAGAAGAAUUCAAAAUAAUAAGAAAUUCCAUCUUUAAGGUGGCAGUCGCCUUGGAGGUAUUCGCCCUUAAUUAUGGCAAACACCAAAUGACUGGAGCGAAUUCUUCAGUGGAGAUAAACAGCCGAAAACUAGUGUUGGCUAUACAAAAAGCCUACUGCAAAAAUGCUAGUGACUUUUACCUUGGAAAAAAAGAACUGCAAACGAGCCUGGAAGUAUCCUCUAGAAACUUUGCCAACAACGUAUCAGUGGUUGUUGGGAUCUUGUACAAGGAUCUCCAUGAAGUAUUGAUUACAGAUCAACCCAACAGAACUAUAACGGGCACCACAAGGUAUUUGGACUCCGGGAUAACGGCCGUGGCUUUAGAUCCAAAUCCAGAAAAAUUACAAGAGAAUAUCAUCUUAAGGUUCAGAAAUCUGAAGAUUCAUGAAGGAGAGAAGAAAUGCAUGUUUUGGAGUGGCUCAAGUGAAAGCUUAGGCGGAUUUUCAGAGACAGGAUGCCAUGUGGUUACAUCGAAAAGCAAUUCAGAAGAAACAGUUUGCAGCUGCAAUCAUCUGACUAAUUUUGCUGUCUUACUUGACUACAACGGUAUCCCAGGGCUCACUGUGGAAGACGAAACUAUUCAUGAAAUUAUCACCCACGUGGGAUUGUGCCUUUCCAUCUUCGGAAUUCUUUUGACAAUUAUUCUAUAUUCCUACCUCACAGACGUAUGGCAACCUCUGACUCAAAUACGACUGAGCCUUUCUUUGUCCCUCGGAGCUGGACAAAUAGUCUUUCUCGCCGGCAUAAACGCUACAGAAAAUACCGCUCUCUGUGUCCUAACAGCAGCUUUCUUGCAGUAUUUCCUGAUGGUAGCUUUCUGUUGGAUGCUGGUGGAGGAAAUUUAUUUCGUCCUAUUUGUUGUGAAAGUUUAUAACAUCGGCACCAAGAUGCAUAUGUAUCACUUCAUAUCAUGGGGUUUGCCCAUCAUCAUGGUUAGCAUUUCAAUGAGCAUCGCUGCUGGAAAAGAUGGAAUUGAAAGCUAUACCAGUGAAAAAUAUUGCUGGCUGUCCUCGAGAAACAACCUGAUCUGGAUCUUCGUCACAUUUGUAGCUGUCAUUGAAGUUCUCAACAUUUUGAUACUCGUCCGAAUGAUAAAGGAGAUGAGCACAUUAACACAACCCACGGGGGAAGACAACCAUUUACAGCAGAUCAGACUUGGCAUUAAAACAUGCGCGGUGAUGAUUCCACUGCUGGGUGUCACAUGGCUUUUUGGUCUUUUGCUAUCAUCACACAAAGCUCUCGCCUACCUUUUCACCAUUUUCAGCUCUACUCAGGGAAUCCUGAUUUUCGUUCUUCAUUGUGUGCGGAACAGCCAGAUUAGAGAGCAAUUAAAAAGGAAGAUGAACAUCAUUUUCCCAUCUGCUGUAGAUCAUGGAAACUCUGCGAAGAAGAGCUCUCAAGUUAAUCCAAGAGAUGCCAGCGAAGUGAGGGCAGUAGAAAUGCAGUCCUUCAAAGAAUAGCAGAAUACAGUAUUCAGUAAUCCAAUUUUAACGACUUUUAGUGAUACCGUUUUUCCAACUUUAAAAAUGAAAAAUCCACAAGGAAAAGCUCACAGGUUAAUCCAAGUGAUGUCGGUGAUGUGUGGGCAGUUGAAUAGCAGUCUUAAAAUAAGUUGGAAUGAAAAAAAAAAAGCUUAAAU